AUGGCGUCAAGGUUGUCGGUACCGUCUAUCCUUGUAGCUUCGGCGAAGUCCGUGCCUUUGGCCCUCAGUUCUAAUACGAAAAUUAUAAGUAGGAAGACGAGGCAACGUGUUCAUACUCUUGGACAACCCUUUUGUUCUCGUACUUAUGGCUUAUUGACCUUGGAUACAUGUUCAGCAUCUUGCGGGAUUAACCUGCCCCAGCAAGUUCGAUUUUCACACGUUGAUGUUACCAACGUACCGAGUUUUGAUGGAUAUCGCUUAAAAUCUACACGAGACACUAAUGCGGUCUCUUCGAAAACUGAGGUCGAUCGGAAGGUGUUUACUUAUACGAUUGCAUUUGCCGGCACCGUCAUGGCCACCACUACAGCUAAGUAUGCUGUAAAGACGCUGGUGCAGACACUUGGUCCUUCGGCAAAGACCCUGGCUCUUGCAAACUUGGAAGUAAAUUUGGCUUCCAUUCCAGAAGGGAAGAAUAUUGUUGUAAAAUGGAGAAAUAAGCCUCUUUUCAUUCGUCAUCGCACACAGGAUAUGAUCGACCAAGAACGCGAUGUUCCACUUACAGCGCUACGUGAUCGCCAAACCGAUGAAGAGCGUGUUCAGGACCCAAAGUGGCUCGUUUGUUUGGGUAUUUGCACCCACCUAGGUUGUGUACCUAUUGCUGAUGCUGGGGAAUUUGGCGGAUAUUACUGCCCAUGUCAUGGCAGCCACUAUGAUUACUCUGGUCGUAUUCGUAAAGGCCCAGCUCCACUCAAUUUGGAGGUUCCCGAAUAUAAAUUUUUGGACGAAAACACUCUUUUAGUGGGCUAA